AUGGUCAAGGCAGAUGUGCGGCGAGACUAUUAUGCGGACCUAGGUCUUGGGCCCGGUGCGGAUUCGGAGGAUAUCAAGAAGCAGUUUCGAAAACUAGCUCUCAAAUACCACCCGGAUCGAAAUCCAGGCAAAGAGCUGGAGUUUAACGCGAAAUUUCAAGCAAUUCAGGCUGCCCAUGAGAUUCUCAGUGAUCCUCAACAACGCCUAAAGUAUGAUACGGAUCGGCUCCGAAACGGCUACUACGGUCAUCCCAAACCCAGUUCUGCUCGAAAAGACGGCCCCACCGGGUUUUCUACUUCGAAACAAAGUGCAAGACCAUCGUUCUCCGAGCGUCCUAAGUCGUUUCAUCAUGGCCCGUCUACCGGCGCCCAGCGUUUCGCUAGCUAUGCCCGAGCGGCGCCCAAGCAGCCGUGGGAGAAGAUGCGAGACGAGACACAGACCCGUGCAGAUGCCUAUCGGGGGUUCCAGGAGAUGAAAGGCAAUACUAUGCCCGGGGGAUGGUCCUCCUUCGAUCCCCGUACUGGACGCUCGGGACAACCUGGCGCUGGACCCAGGCCAAAUGCCACAACCAACGGCUCGGCCACGAGGCCCAAGUCCGCGUACGAGUAUGUCCACACUGGCGGUAGACCUACUAGCGCAGAGUCGGCACACGCCCAAUCGGCAAAGAAAAAGCAAGGCUUCGCUCCACGGGCCGCCGCAGGUGGUGAUGAACCCAUGGCCGCAAAAACAAGCUCGUACCGAACCGCCCCCCGCUUCGAACGUGGAUUCGCCCCCUCUCCUUCACCGACAGCAAGAAAGCCGGCUGCAGGCUUCCAGCACCCAGAAAACACAGGGGUCCCGGACUAUGAGAGACCCAGCCAUAAGUACGCUACCACCAGAGGCGAAAAGACCAUGUUCGAUAGUUCGAUGCUGGGACGAUCUAAUAGCACACGUGCAUCACCCAAAAGCCCUAAGCAGCGCCCACGUACAAACCCUCCGAGUCCGACUCCCCAAGAAAAAGAACGGCAUCGCAGCGCCAGCCCGAACCUGAAGACAGACAGGGGUCGCAAUUAUGAUUCAACUAGCUCAAGUGAUCUUGAUGAGGACGAGGUUUCGUUCAAGCCAAAGGCGGUCCCGAAGAGUAGACUUCGGGCUCAGCCAAAAUUCUCCAACGCUUAUACCUCGAAUGGUUGGAACACGGGAACCCCACAAGACUCCGAUUCUGGUAGUUCGGCGCGAAACGCAUCUGAUACCUCUGUGUUUUCUAAGAACUGGGGCUUCUUUGAUUCCGCUCAUGGGUCUGGAUCUAGAUCCUUCUCCCGGAAUGGAGGGUUCAAAAGCAACAGUCAUGAUGACUUGCGAAAGUCUUCCAACCAUCGGGAUUCGUUUAAUCACUUUACCGAGACACCAGGUUCUAGUGACCGUGGACGAACCUCGACAAGAACCAGCCCACACCGGUCUGGACAUUCCGCCGGAGCCAGUUCUAUGAACGACUCUGCUCGAUCAGAAUCAGCUUCUCAACAGCAAAAGCCUUUUGUUGAGUCAAGCUUUUUGCACAGCAACUGGGAGGCGGCUUUUAAAUUCAGGGACUUGUCUGAAGCUCUACCUAACGAGGGAGGUAACCCUCAACGACAAUACCCUACGGCAAAUACCCAGCGGACUCGGAGUCCUCGAAAGCCAACCAGGCCGACAGCCCGGAGACCGAAUCCACAGCCAGCUACUGUGACAACAGAAGCUGAGGAGGCCGCGACAACCGUGGAAGGACGCAAUGGCCAUUCGUCAUCUGAGACUCCUGCCACGGACGUGGACGGCGAAGCUAUGGACCUUGAUGACGAGCUUCCAUCCAAAACCGGCCCGGUACCAGCAGACCCCGAGAAGACUGCGAAUAGUCCUGGGAGAAGAGCGUCAACUCCCAAAUCCCAACCAACUUCGAAAGCAGGUAAAAGGGAGGGCCCAAACAAUUUGCUCAACCUAAAAAUCCUGAGUGGCGUAUUCCCACUCACGUCCACCAAUAAUGGUGGGCUUGACGACCUACAAGAUAUCUCCUCGACAUUACCGUUCGAGUCGCGUGCCAAGGCCCCAAAAACCACAACGAACGACGUUCGUCCGCGCGAGCUGGUUUGCCCGAAUCCACCAAAGCGACCGGAACCUCCGCAGUUGGUUCCCAUCAGUGCGGGAUCCCAGCAAUUAGGGGUACCCCGCGCCAUCUGGAAUCGCUACCUGGCAGAAAUGAAUAUCUAUCUGCGGGAAUGGAAUACUUUCGAGCGCCGUUUAAUCAGUCAUUUCGCUGCGCGCCAGGCGAGUUAUGACACCGAGAUGGCGCAAAACUGGCUCGGGGCCGUCGGAGGUUCAGCGGACCUCGAGGAUGACAACCAGGGAGGAGAUUCGGGGGAUGAGAGUGAUGAUGAAAUUCCUACAAGCACUACUAAAAAGGGCUUCAAUGCCUACAUGCGCUGGCAGAGGGAAGAUGAUAGGGUGCAUAAGCAUUGGGAGGUCGCGCGUGAGAGACACGCAGAAUGCAUGGAGAAGCAUAACAAGAUGCGAUUGUGGAUCUUUAAUGGAGGCAAAGUCUUCUAG